CGCACAUCCCGGCCUGCACUUUGGCUGAACGAGUCACACUAUCAAAGGGUCACCGAUAACGUCCGAGUAUCUGGACAAAGUGAUUCAUUUCUGAAACGAAAUUCAGUGGGACAGUUCUGUCGGAAUUCUCCUGCUGUCAGUGCCAAUAUGUCGAAGCUAUUGACAACAGUUGUCUGGAUCAGUGCGGCACUUUCGGCUGUCAGUAUCGCCGGGAAAGUCGAUACCCUAAGUCAUUAUUUCGAAACACCAGGAAAUAGUUCGUUCCGACUGGGACUUCUCCCUGAAUAUGAGGUACAACGUUACGUAUUUCCGGCGGUGUUACCGGACUCUGAAGAUGACGUUUUGAGCGGUGAAGACCUUAAUGAUACGGUCGUGUACAGGAUUCUCCGAGGACCAAGGUCCCCUUUUGCCGAAGGCAAGCGUCCCUCCCUGAUACAGUAUGGAAUCCUCUGCGACGCAUAUUCCUGCACUGCCAGCAAGUCGCAGAUUGCCGUCGCUUAUUUGCUGGUUGACCAGGGAUAUGACGUUUGGCUGGGCAGCAGCGAGUACAGCGUGAUAGAUGAUCCUAUAUCGGCUGAGACGACAGAGAAGGAAAAAUUGGAUACCGUCAGCCAGUACAUCCUGGUGACAACGCAACAACCGGAGUUAUUGGUGAUGGGUUACUUCAAUGGUUCAACUCAAUUUUUCGCGAUUUCCGCGCGAGAGAAUCACGAGCAGUCGAAGUUGUCGAAAAUUCUGGAGAAAAUACCUGGGGUGAAAAUCGCGAAGAAGUGGUACCAUAAACUGUAUGAGAAGAGCUGGGGUAUUUUGUCAUGGGGGUACAAGCGAGUCCAGCAGAGUGUCGAAAGGCUGGGAAGAAAAAUGGAUUAUGUGGUGGACAGUCCUUUGGUGACAAAACUUAAGAACACUGUACUUAACGCCUGGGGAAUCGCGGGUAAGGUGAGGCCAACCCUGAAGAUCCAGGACUUUUCAAAAAUGGUUAAUCACCCAGAUGUAUAUCUGGAUACACCGCAAUUGAUAGUGAAGUAUGGAUAUAAUGCCGAAACUCAUGCGAUAAAAACCGCGGAUGGUUAUUUGUUAUCGCUGCAUCGAAUAUCAGGCGGAAAAAAAUAUCCACCAGGACCGGGAAAGCCUGUGGUUUUCCUUCAACAUGGGAUAUUGGCUAGUUCUGCUGUUUGGGUACUUCCAGGUCCAGCCAAGGGAUUAGCCUACAUUCUAGCCGACAACGGGUACGAUGUUUGGAUGGGAAAUUCCCGGGGCAAUACUUACUCCCGCGGACACGAAAAUCUCACAACAACAGACUCGAAGUACUGGGACUUUUCCUUCCACGAAAUGGGAAUCUACGAUCUACCAGCGAGCAUAGAUUACAUCCUAGCUGUGACACGUCAACUGAAGUUGUACUACUUGGGGCAUUCGCAGGGGACAACAUCGUUUUUCGUGAUGCUGUCGGAGCUACCAGACUACAAUGAUAAAAUAUUCAAAUUCGCAGCAUACGCUCCCAUCGUUUACAGUGCCAAUGUCAGAAGUCCAUUCAUCAAAUUUAUUGCUCGAUUUUCGUCCCCAAUUUCCCGAACUCUCGGCUUCUUCCACAUUCAUGAUUUCGCCCCGACUGACGCGUUACUGACGAAGAUGGGAAGACGAUCCUGCGAGGCACGAUCUCUCUACCAAGUCAUUUGUAGUAACAGUUUAUUUAUGAUCACCGGAUAUGACACUGCACAAAUUAAUCAGACGCUGGUACCAAUAAUCCUGGGUCACCUUCCAGCCGGAAGUUCCGUGAAACAAUUCCUCCAUUUUGGCCAAGAAGUCAACUCCCAAAAAUUCCGUAAAUUCGAUUACAACGAUCCAGAGAUAAAUCAAGAAAAGUACGGACAGCCGACGCCUCCGGUGUACAAGCUCAGUAAUGUAAGGGUUCCGACAGCCCUUUUCUUCGCGAACAAUGAUUUACUAUCUGAUAACAGCGACGUUCAGAAACUGGCCGAGGAUUUAUCGAACGUCAACAUGACGUACAAAGUGCCGAUGGACUCUUUCAAUCACAUCGAUUUUAUGUUCGCUAUUGAUGCACCUGCUCUACUGUACGAACCGACUAUUCGUUUUUUUAAUUCUAAAUAAUGUAUUUGUUAUUGAUCUGAAACCAUGUGGUUGGAUAUUUAUUGUAUUUAUAACAGAGAGAGCGUAGACAAAAAAAUACAUUCAAAAUAUAAUUAAAACAGGCAAUGGAGCCGAAAAAAAUGACGAAGGAAGGAAAUUUGAACCGACGAAUUGUUAUGGAGAAUAAAAUAAAUUUUCAAUAAAAA